UGUAAGAAGUUUGGUUUCACAACCACAUGCUUCUGGGUUCAGUCCCACUGUGUGGCACCUAGGGCAAGGGUCUUCUACCAUAGCCCCGGUCUGACAGAAAUUUUGGGAGUGGACUUCAUAGACGAAAACUGAAAGAAGUUCGUUUUCUACACACACACACACACAUUUACAGAACUUCUAAGUGAGACAUUUUUUUCGUUCAGCUGCCAACUUUUCAAGAAACUAUACGCAAAAUCAAGCAGGGAACAAACUUCCAGUGAUACAAAAUAAUAUAUAAAGAGGAAGACAAAGAGAAAGAGAGAGAGACAGAGAGAAAUACUGAGAAAGAGGAAGAGACAGAGAUAAAUAUACAGAGAUAUUUAUAUAUAUAUAUACAUAAAUAUAUGUACAUUUAAAUCUUUCCAUAUAUUUAUAUACAUAUAUAUAUACAUAUAUAUAUAUAUAAUUCAUAUAUAUUUUACAAACACACAUGAUGAUAAGAAGCAAAGAGUUAUGUUUGGUAAUGAUGCAACUUUGUAUAGUUGUGCUUCUCAUUAAAACGGUACAAGUACAAGCCCGAUGCUCAGACGAAUUCCCUUGCAACAAUAUGGUCAACGAAGAAGGGCAUUCAAUGGUGUUUUCUGAUAUGAGUCUAGAUAAACAAAGAACAGGUUUGCGCCCAUGGGUCGAAAAACGUGUCAGACGUACUAAUCGUCUGUACAGCAUUGAUUUUCCUGAUAAUAAAAACCAGCCAGCCGAGGUACUCUACAAAAGAAAAAAGGGUUUCAACCCAUGGGGCGGUAAAAGAGACGUUUCUUACUCAAACAGUAUACCUAUAGACAUUCUAAAGGAGCGUAUGAUGACUAACCCAGAGCUGAGAAAUAAAAUCCAGGAAUUGUUGAGAAAGCGCACCUUUUCCCCUUGGGGUGGGAAAUAAAAGUUUUAAAAAAAAGAUAUGGAAUAAGGCGUCGAAAAUUUUUGACCAAGCAUAAAACUUAUUGAGUAAACUUGUGUUCUUUAUAAAAUGACCUUGUAAAAAGUUCAGGGUUCACGUAUAGAAAAGAAAAUUACUGAUGAAAAGAUUGUCUUGGAUUUCUUUGGAAAAAUUAUGAAAAUAAAAUUAAGUAGUGCCAUUA